GUGCGUGUGCGUGUGUGUGUGUCUGUGCUUUAAAAUAAUCUCUCUCAUUUUUCCUCUUUUCUCUUUAAAAUGAAAAGUGGAUAUUUACUCUAUGCAUUAUCCGUAGCAGCUUUUGCUAUUACGCCUACACUUCAAUCAUCUUCGGCCAAGGGACCACAGCGCCCUUUACAGGAUCCACAGCCUGUCAAGUUUGUUCAAAAUGUGCUGUCACCAAACAAUGGUGAAGGAUAUUGUAGUCCAAGUGGACAGAUCAAGGAUACUUGCUGUGAUUAUAAAAGUAUUGAAGGGAUUCAAAGUGAUGUAUUUAGCAAGAUUCAAAACUUGGUAAAGACAAAAUUCUUUAGAUAUUACAGAGCUGAUCUAUGGAAAGAUUGUCCCUUUUGGAACGAAGAUGCUCUUUGUACCAAUCGUGAUUGUUCUGUAGCAACUAUUGAUGAGGAGGUAUUACCAGUAGAGUGGAGAAAGGCAGCACUGAGCGCAAUUCAAUUACCAGCAGCAGGCUCGCUCUCUCCUUUCCAAAAAUGUACAUAUAAAGACCAGGACUUUUGUCUGGUCGAUGAUAACCUGGACUCCGAUAGCGUAGUUUACAUUGACCUAACAGAAAACCCUGAGCGAUUCACAGGAUACGCUGGCGCAUCAGCUGCCCGUGUAUGGAAGGCGAUUUACGAAGAAAACUGCUUCAAUAUUGUCCACCGCAUGACGGAAGGUUGUGAGACCUGUAACAAUAUCAUGAACUUGGGUCAGCCUAGGUUGAAAACAGGAAAGCCUGUGAAUCCCUUUGCUCAGGUACCAAAGAAUAAGGCUCAAUUGAACCAGUUUCUGAAUGACCUCGCUGAGGAGUCAGAUGGAGGUGAAGAUAGUGAUGAUGAGGUGUGUUUGGAGAAACGUGUGUAUUAUCGCUUAAUAUCUGGGUUACACUCUUCCAUAUCUAUUCAUAUCUGUGAUGAAUGGUUUAAUCGCGAAACAGGUGUUUGGGAACCUAAUCUUGAUUGCUUUGUCAAUCGUAUCGGAUCUCAUCCUGAACGUCUUCAAAAUGUGUAUUUUACUUAUGCCCUUCUCUUGAGAGCCGUUAACAAGAUGGGACCCUACCUCGAACACUAUCCAUUCAAGACAGGAAGUGAAAAGGAAGAUGCUAUUGUGAGACAUCAAGUACAGGACUUGAUCAAGAGUACUACCUCGUGUCCACCCACUUUUGAUGAGAAAUCCAUGUUUAAUGGUCCUGAAGCUCAAAUUCUGAAGCAAGAAUUCAAAGAUCAUUUCCGAAAUGUUUCUAGAAUUAUGGAUUGUGUUGGUUGCGAAAAAUGUAGACUCUGGGGCAAGCUUCAGACUGUAGGUUUAGGCACUGCUUUGAAAGUUCUCUUUUCUUAUGAAGACAACACACUGGAUCCCAUCGAGAACCCUGAUCUUUUUGAGAGAAGUGAAAUCGUAGCACUUUUCAAUACGUUUAAUAGAUUAUCUGAAAGUUUACAUGCUAUUCAAAAGUUUAGAACGAUUUACAUGAAGCAGAUGGCACCCAAGGUAAGCGUUUGUUUGUUACAAUUGAAUGUUGUAUCGCUUACUAUAAGUUUAUAG